CAUUUCCAUGCAUAGAAUAGCUCUGGAGGUGGUCCUUCUGUUCUGUUCAUGGAGAAGCCUAUCUCUGAGAUCCAACCAUUCACAGGUCUUUUUCAUCACAUGGAUACCCACAUGUUAGUCAAGGCAAAGGCAAGGUAAAAACCAAUUGCUUUGAAAAAAAAAAAAAAAAAUGGAGCGGUGACCCAUAUUCAAAGCUUCCACACGGUUUUCUCAAUUUCAAUCGCUAAAGUAAAGCCAAAGUUGUUGGAAUCUGAUGGCUGAGUUCUACCCUCCAAGUCAAAAACAGAGGUGGGGGAUGAAGAAAAUCAAGUGUAGAGUAAGUGAUCUUGCCGAAUCACGUUACUUUUUAAGCUUAGUCUGUGACUUGCUUGUGUUGCUGCACAUAAAAACAAAACUUUUUCUCUGAGGACAAACUUCAAACACCUGGUGGGCAUAGCUCAUUUCGGCGAAAUUUUCUUCCAUCAUUGGCUGUUUUGGCUGUAGUUCAAAACCCAAUGAGGAAAUUUGCAGCUGACAUUUCUGCUUUGUGGCCUGUGGGUAAGCAGUAAUAUUUGACAGUGGACACUGAGAUCCUUCUCACGAUUUCUCUCACGAGCUUUGAAGCUGUAGGAUUGAAGCAAAGUCCUUGGCCUUAUAUACUACUGGCUACAAUGAGGUAGAGAGAAUGAGAAUUAUGGCAAACCAGGUUGUCUCUCAGAGCAAUUUGGUGUGAGCUACCACUAGCUUUUGCAGUCCUUGUGGGUCAGAGAGCUUUGAAGGGGAAUACCAACUAUUCAUUCAAGCCUGCUUUUAUUCUUCAGCAGGAACUGCAAAAUAUGCAGACCUCAAAGCCUAAAAGUUUAGAAGCACCACUGAGAAAACCUCGACCCACUCGACAACUUAAAGCACCGGGUUCGGAUUCUGUUUCGGUUUCGCCUUCUCCACUUCCUUCGAGUAAAAUGACAAAGGAAAGAAAUCCUAAAACUAUUGUUACAAAAUCAGUUCAAAGUUCAGUACUUGAGAAAAAACGCCCAAAUCGAGUUUCUACAAUGGAAUCACAGAUUGCUCAACUUCAAGAUGAACUGAAAAAGGCAAAGGAUCAACUGAAUGCCUCUGAAUCGGGGAAGAGGAGAGCAAAAGAGGAAGCUGAAGAAGCUAAGCAGCAGCUUAACGCCAUGUCCUCGGAGCUUAAGGAUUCCAGACAGCAGUUGCUAGAGCUUUCUGCUUCUGAAGAUGAACGGAUUCAAGAACUACGUAAAAUUUCGCAGGAUCGAGAUAGAGCAUGGCAGUCUGAACUGGAGGCUCUCCAAAAACAGCAUUUAAUGGAUUCUGCUGCUUUGGCUGCUGCCAUGCAUGAAAAUCAGAAGCUUAAGCUUCAGCUGGAAAGAAUAGCUGGUUCGGAGGCGAACCAGAGUAGACAUGCCGAGUCUGCACAUGCUGAGAUUCAGGGCCUCAGAAUAGAACUCAAAGAAACACUGUCACUGGUGGAGGAACUCAAAUCCAAGCUUUCUGAAUAUGAAGAUUCUGAAGCUCAGGCUGUUGAAGAUCUGAAGAAAACACAGAUGGAACUGGAAACAGCAAACGAAACCAUUGAAAUGCUUCAAUCAGAGGGAACCAAUGCGAUGAAAGCGUUCAGCUCCAUAUCCUUGGAGUUGGAGCAAUCCAAAGAAAAGGUUACAUCAUUGGAGGCUCUUGUUAGCAAAUACCAGAAUGAUUUGGCUGAAAUUGACAAGAAAAAUUUGGAGGAUCACUCUGAAAAUAAGAACAAUGACAAGGAGGAUGAAGAAAAUGAAUACGUUAAUCAGCUUAAAACUGAGCUUAAUUGUGUUAGAUCUGAAAUGGGUCAACUGAGACUAGCUUUAGAUGCCGCUGAUAGAAGGUACCAGGACGAAUAUCUUCGAAGCACAAUACAGAUUAGAAGUUCUUAUGAAGAAGUGGAAUCUAUAAAAUCAGAAUCACGUCGUAAAGAGGCUGCAUUCGAAGCUGAACUCAUUCAAGCCAAGGCACAAAUCGAGCAACUGAGGACGCAUCUUGAGGAUAAAGAAGCUCAACUUCUGAGCAUUGCCAAGGAAAACGAAAUUGUAAACUUGAACCAGAAAAGCAAAGAAACCGAAAAUGAAUCCGACCUUGCAGAACAGCUGAAGAAGUUAGAGGCUGAUAUUGAGGACUUAAAGGCAAGUUUGCUAGAUAAAGAGACAGAGUUGCAAGGAAUCAUUGAAGAAAACGAUAUGCUCCGGGUGGACAUUCAGAAAAUGGGAACAGAAAGGAAGAUAGAGCACGGCGAAACUACUGAUCUGGAAGAAUCAGCAAGAUCUGCAAAUGAAGAGGCUUUGAACAAGCUUGGUAGCAUAAACGAAAACUCAGAAACGGAGGCAGAAUUGAGGAGGUUAAGGGUGCAGUUAGACCAAUGGAGGAAAGCAGCUGAGGCAGCUGCUGCAAUGCUCUCACCAGGGAAAGAUGGAAAACUUGUAGACAUUUCAGGUUCUAUUGACAGCAACUAUCCUCUCAGCUCGUUCUACUCCGAAGACCUCGACGAUGACUCGCCGAAGAAGAAGAAUAUCAACAUGCUGAAAAAGAUAGGCGUUCUAUGGAAAAAGAGUCAAAAAUAGAAGACAGAAUUGCAGCAUCAUUUUCCCUCAAGUAUUAUAUGCAAAUUGGAUUGGUUUGGCUUCUUCUUUUAUAUAAUUUUAGCUUGAAUUGAUAGGCAAGCAAAUAUUUUAUUUGGAACUGUAUAUUAUAGUUGCUCAAAAUGGGUCAGUUUUGAUUUCUUACAAAUGAAUUCAUGAUGCACUUCUGCAAAAGACAAUAAGUUUUCCUUUUUUCUUAAUUGCAGGUGAAAGAUAUCGAAAAAUAA